ACGAUAUACGUCCGUGGCUAUCCCAAACGCUCGUUUCCGAGUGCGAAGUUUGCUACAAGCUCGAGAGAAACUGUUCGUUGUGCUACAGAUCGAGACGUUUAGUAUUUAAAAUGAGUGCAGUUACUAAUAUUUUAAAAAAGUGUCAGGUGGAUUCUGUACACCGGAGUAUUGAGAAUGGCCGUCAGAAGUUUUUGUGCUUCACACGUUUGGAAGAAGCAGACGAUUCGUGGGUCGUCGUGGUCACGGAUGGCGUGGAUGUGUGGAAAAAUGAAUAUGAUGAAGAAGCUUUGAAGGCGCAGUGCGAUCUCGUUAGUAUUAGUCAACUUGAUGUUUUCCUUACACGAUUCAGGAGCAGUUUCGCAGCAGGGGAGUUAUCAGUUGCAAUAAUUGGAACAAAGAUGACGCUCACUGUCGGAAAGAGUGGAUCUUCCAUAAAUUUCAAUCUUUUCGAAGCGAAAGCUGCUGAGAAGAGAACUGAACUGCAGACAGUUAUUUUUCGUCUUGCUGAACAGACUUUACAGUUGGAGGAAAAACUCUCCGUAGUUCAAGAGUCUUUAGAAAAGGCUAGAGCUCAGAAAGCUGGCACAAGUGGGAUGAAUAUACUGAUGAAUGUUAGUCCCAAAAAGGGCCAAGCAAAGGCCAGGCCCAAAAAGACAGGUAUGAGUGUUGUAAAUCCCACCAGCAGGAAACGUAAGGCUGCAACAGGAGUUAUCUAUGAUUAACAACUUAGUAACACCAAUUAAGACCGUAAUGUGAAAUUUGUGAAAGGAAAUUUAAUAUUCUGGCACAGUACAAGCUACUAAAAUGUGUGAAGCCAAAACUGAAAGGUAACACACUCAUCAAAACUAGCUUACAUCAGUGCACUUACAUUCUUCCAGUUGCAUUACGUUAUCCACAUUUCGUAGUUCUGACCAUAAAUGAAAAUUAGAUGAUAAAAAAUAUGACAUAAUUGUGAUGUAAAGCACAGGUCUAGGUUAUCAUCUGGAAAGUGUUUCACAUCUGGAAGUACAUUUUUAUGUGUAUAUUUUUAAUAUACCUUUAAUCUGUUUUAUAUGUGUCAUUUUGAACUUUUUUAUGUGUAUUUUACAUGUACCUUUAAUUAAUUAAUCUGUUAUGCAUCCAUCAUUUUGAACUAUAAUUCAUCCAAGUCAAAAGAUUUCUUGAUUUACUCAUAUCUGAAUGGUUAAUGUUUGGGAAACAUGGUAGAUUGGUUAGCAUAUUACAGUGACUUUUUGUUUUAUGACUAAAUAGACACAAGGUCUGGCACUUCAGACAUGACCUUGCUCACAAACUGCAUACCUCUUCUGGUAUUCCCACCCAGAACCAAAUUCCUGAGAGCACUUCGGCUACCACUUCAGUGCCUAUAUUUUUCAGGGCCAUCACCCCUGCAAACUGGGUCGGGUAGGACAUACUUUUGAACCCCCUCUGAUGCUGGCUUGAUCAGGCCAAUAAUAUUCAUUAUGACCUUCUUAAAUGGCUCAUCGAUGAUUGGGACUUCACUAUGGGGUGCUGAUGAGCUUUGGUUGAGUUGACAUAGCACAUGGCCAUUCACUCCCAGCCAAUAAAGUGGCCAGUUACCCAAUAAAGACUAUUGGAGUUUCCCAUAUUAUAAUAGUAAUAAUAAUAAUGGUGUGAGCUUUUAUAGCGCAGUAUCCCAGCCAAAACCAGGCUCUUCACACAUUACAAACACAAAAACACAAGACAGACAAAAUUGCUGUGGUUCUGUAAAGUUAAUGGGAAUGCCAGGUUGUUCUGCUGGAUGACAUUCAUAGAUCAAGAUGUCAGUGAGACAGAUCUACAGUCAUUGGACUGGAGCAGAAUAGAUCAAUAAAUAGGGAGAUUAAAUCAUCAGGAGAAUAUCAAGAUGGUCACAAAACGGAAAUUACAGUACAGUGUUGAAACACAUGACUGACACUGAUGUAAAGUCUAUCCCAGGGAAGACUUGUAAAAUGAAGAAACUUAGAUGGCAUUAGCCAGAGACUAUUGGCAAUGAGAAAGUUGAUAUUAGUAGAUGAAUAAACAAACAGCCACAGGCAAGUGCACACUCAAACACAAUGCCGAUGACGUCAAAAAAAAGCGCAACUUGGUACAAUAGGCACUACAAGCACAGCAGAUUCAAGAAGAAAACGAAAAUGCAGAGAGCUGGCCCCUUCAAGUCUGGUAAGCGAAGGACACCACUCAUACGAGCUGUACACAACUUUUCAUGAGCGAUCUUCACGUUUUCCUGUAGGGACAAUUAGCUGUUUGAAUUCUUCCCUUUUCUUCACUUGCUGAUACAGGAGGGCCUGCUUCUCCAUUUAUCUGAUCUCAGCAUUCUCACUCUGAGAGCCCUCAACUACAAGUGCACACAAUCUCUGAAGACUAGUGUCAUCUGCUUGAAGCUUCUUGAAUUCUGGUGAUCUGAUGUUCAGAAUAAAGUCUGGUAUCAAAAGUGGUGUGGCAUUUUGGUUCACCAUAGCUUGUGCACAGGUGACAGCUCAAACAUCUUUGUUCGUUUUGGGAAAUUAAGUUAAAAAAGGUGUAACGUACGCCAAGAAUGAGUGGGUGUGUUAAAUUAUCUAAACAUGUAGCUUUAAUCCGCCGUGACAUUUAAAAGAUUUUUGUCACUGACCAACCAUCUCUACACUAUUGCCAUACAGUUGCAGCCAGUGUCAAGGUAAAUGGAACAUCAACUAUUCACCUUUUCGGUGGUAACGUUUCAAUCGUCCAUUCCUGGCCUAGCAUUACAGGAGUAGUGUCCUUUGCCUCAAUUAAAGCAGAUAACCAAUCUUUUGGUCCCUCACUCGUUACCUACUCUCACUCUGUUAGAUGCUUUCUCUAUACAGCUCAAAGAGGUAAACAGCUUCAAGUACUUGGGAGCCACCCUUUUCAAGGAUGGGAGCUCCAUGCUGUCUAAGCUUGAUAUCUAGCUUACUAGAUAGGAUCUGGUAUAGCCAUAAUAUCAAGUUCCCUACCAGGUAGAAUCUGUACGAAUCCCUGGGAGUACUGAUUCUGCUCUACAGAUUUGAUGUGGACUCUGCUGACCCAGCUAAACACAAUUUAUUCAAAUCCUAGAAAGCUACCCAAUAUGUAAUAAGUCCUGCACACACACACAGCCCCCCCCCCCCAAAUACAUACAAUGAAUCACAAACACACAACACCUUGACAAACAAACAGAUGAAGGUGAAGGAAAGUGGAGACUGUUGAUCUUCAGUUGUAGUUCCAGAAAUAGAGAGUAAAGACAGGUGAAGGUCAGUGGUUGGAAAAAUGGACAUUCAGAGAAAGUACACUGUUUAUUGAAACUAUUCAACUGCCUCUUCACAACGUCUACUUUUCUUGAAAAUGACAUCAUCUGAAUGAUGCACACAAAGAUGCAGGAUACUACUCACAUGAAAGAAUACAAGACCUACUACAACUCAUUACAAUGAAUAAUGCCUGUCUUUUACUUCUGUAAUAAUUGUACCUUGUUUUUGAAAUAUGUCCUAUCGAAGAAACAUAUUUCAUUCUGUCUUCAGGAGGGUUCAAAUGAAUUUUUUUGUUAACAAAUGUUGCUGACACAUGCUUGGAUAUAACAAAAACUUAGGUAAUACCAACUUCUGGAGAAAAUAGUCGUUUUAAAAAUAUGGGUACUGACAUUUUAUUCAUUACCUCAUUCUUACCAGAAGCUUAUAUACAACACAGAUAAGGGGUUAGCAUGAACAACAUUUAUUUGCAACUGAAAGCAUUUACCACUUGAAAAAUAUUGCACCUACAGUAUCAACCAGCUUACUACAUUGAAUAUGCUACUAAGACCAAGUGGGUUCCUCUAACAAAACAGAGAACAGUGUGCAUUCACUUGCAUUUAAACAAAUGCAGAUUUCAGCUUUUGUAAAGGUUAGGAAAGUGAUUUUAAUGGAAGGGAUUAUUUGAAAAUUAUCGUGUAAGAGAGAGAGAUUGGCUAGAGCAUCCCACAGUUAUGGAUGGCCAGCCAAGUGUUCAUACUAGAAAAAGCAGUGCAGUCAAACAAAAAUGAAUGGAGAAGAUCAAGAAGCAAAAUAUUGUUGUAAGCAAAAUUAGCUCAUAAUACACCCAAAUCACCAGAAUCCAAUGAUUUAAGCUAAUCAUCACCAAUAGGAAAGCAGGAGUUUAAUGCCCUCCAUAAUCUUAACCAAUAUCAGGAAUCCAUUUAUAUAUCUGUAACUUCAUAUAUAUAUAUAAUUGUAUUAAUCGUGAUCUUUGAUAAACUGCACGAAUCCAUUUACACAUUGCUUUAGCUAAAUAUACAAAGACAAAAAGAUAUAAUCUUUUAUAAGACAUCUGUGACCUUAUUAUCAUGACAGAAAAAUCUGCCAUAGACUGCAGGGAAAAAAAUUUUCAGAUUACUUAAAAAUAAAUUACAUUUAAAGCACAGAAAGGAAAAACGAGUACACAGUAAAAACAACACUAACAUUAAGCAGUCUUCACAUUCAUUGAGUUUUAAAGGUCACUUCAAAUGCAUAAGAAAUAUUGUCACAGCACAAGGAAAAUGACACAAUCAUCAUCACAAUUUCAAGAUGAAGACAGCUGGGCUUUUUUUGGUUGUUUUCCUAAGAAACUGGAAGAAUGUGUACAAUGCGGAAUUUAAAGGAUGUGUUAAAUUUGAGUAUUUAAUAAAUAUAUACUUCCUGACUAGUGUUCAAAACACAAUAGUUUCAAAUAUCUACAGCCUAAUGUCCACAUCACAAAAAUCUCCAAACACGCAAACAGAAAAUAAAAAACAACAAAAAACAA